UGGAGGGGCCAGGAAGGACAGCCUCCUCCCCGGGAGAGCCCCGCCUCAGACCCAGCGCCUCAGGUGGCGGCAGGGCGGGCUAUCCCGUAGGGAAGGAAGGAGGCUCUCUUUCUCGUGGGCAGAAGGCGGUGUCUCCGCGCGGGAACGAGCUCCCCUCAGUCGGACCCGCAGCACGACGCCCUCCCUCUCUUCCUGGCCAUAGGUUUUGCUUCUGAACUGCCUUUCCAUUCUCUGGAGCCGCCUCAGCCCGAAAGAAGAAGGCGUAUUUCAGUUGCAAAUGGACCUGGCCAGUGAGAAGCUAAGGAAGGAGCUUGAGGAGGAGUUGAAACUUGGCACCGAGCAGCUGCGCAGCCACGCUUGGUACCAUGGCUGCCUGCCACGUCGGGAGGCAGAAUCCCUGCUGCAGGAUGAUGGUGACUUCCUCAUCCGAGAUUCCCGUUCCAGCCAAGGCGACUAUGUCCUGUCGUGCUCCUGGAGGGGCCAAGCCCUGCACUUCAAGAUCAUCCGUGUCGUGCUCCGCCCCCGGAAGGGCUAUUCCCGCACCCUCUUUCAGUUUGAGCAGGAGCAGUUUGACAAUGUGCCUGCUCUAGUGCGCUUCUACGUGGGCAACCGGAAGCCCAUCUCAGAUGUCUCAGGAGCUGUGGUGUCCCAUCCAGUCAAUAGGAACGUGCCUCUUCGGUGUAUCAAGGAGCGCUACAGUGACACUGGCCAGCCCCCUGGACCAAAUAAAGAAGAUGAGGCACCCUUAAGACGGCUCAGCUUUUGUGCUGCCCCAGUUGGGGAAGAAACAGAAGGGAACCUAAUCCGAAUGAAAGAUCGAUGUGGAAGUGACCCCAGUAGCCUAGACCAGGUUGGACAGAGACCUUCCUUGCAGAGUGCCCAGUCGGACAGCAAUUUACUGUCAGGCAGCCCGGAAGCUUCACCUGGAACUCAGGACCGAAGCCAGCUCCCGCCCUUAUCUCCUGCGUUCCGCACCGGGAGCGACCCUGUCCUGCGGGCAAAUGCUCCAUUGCCUAACCUGCUGGGAGGCCCGGCAUUGAGUGGCUCUGAAGGGCGGCUCCACUCCAAGGCUCCUCCCAAGCCCCUGAGGGCCUUGUCUGUGCUGGUGAGCGACUACUGUGAACUGGUCCCCAGACCUCCUGAUGGCCCACGAAGCCACGUGGAACGACUGCGGUUGGAAGAGAGGUGGCGUGGCCGGGCCCACAUCACCGAGACAGCCUUUGGGUUCCUGGACACUGAGCCAACCCCUUCUCCCCUUCCCCACUUGGUGGAGGCUGAAGAGGAAUCAGAAUUUGAGAGGCCCCAGAUGGAUGGAGUCUCCUCUUUUCAGCCCCAAAACUUCCACUCGCUCCUUUUGAGUCCUGACAACAAGCCCCUAGAGUCCAGCACUCUCAAGCGCCUCAAGGAGAUCUUUGCCCAGCACGAUUGCCGCACAACAGCACUUCAUGUUCUGCAGAUGGACUGCCAGGCUGCCAAAAUCAUUGGGGUCUCCAAGGAGCAGCGACAAGCAAUGGGGGUGAGCUCAGGCCUGGAACUCAUCACUCUGCCUCAGGGGCAUCAGUUGCGCCAAGACUUGCUGGAAAGGCACCACACCAUCACUCUGGGCAUUGCUGUGGACAUCCUCGGUUGCACAGGAGCAGUGGAUGAGCGGGCGGCCACUUUGAGCAAGAUUAUCCAGUUGGCGGUUGAACUGUGGAGGUCAGCUGGAGACCUCUUUGCCUUCUCGGCUGUGAUGAAAGCCUUGCAGCUACCACAGAUCACACGAUUGGAACAAACAUGGAAGCACCUGCGCCAAAGCUACACCCAGAGUGCCAUCAUCUUUGAGAAAGAGCUGAAGCCUCUCAUGGGGCGCCUGAACAGGGCUGAAGGGAAUUCAGUCUCCUCCCCAAAGGAGGCUGCAGUUCCCCACAUCCUGCCCCUCCUCAGCCUUAUGGAAGGAGAAGAAUUGUGGGGGGACAGUGGAGAAACGUGUGAUGUCCUUCUAAAAAUGCUAGAAGCUGGCCGCUUCAUUGCCACCAAUGCCAAUGCCUUUCGAGUCAGUGCUGAGGCUAAGCUCCAAGGUUUCCAAGCUACUCCAGAGCUCCUGGAAGCAUUUCAGACAGAAUUCUCUCUUCGUUUAUUCUGGGGCAGCAAAGGAGCCGAGGCAGGCCGGGCUGAGAGACACAGGAAAUUCGAACAGAUCCUGACUGUGCUUUCGCAGAGACUAGACUAAAAAGCUCAUGGAAGACUACUUUAAUUCCUCUGGGAAUGGAAAAGAGAAACAAAGGGAAGAGCUCCCCACUGCUGGAAGGAAAUGCACACUGAGCUGAAACCUGGGAGUGUGCCAGGCACUGAAUGGUGUAGAGGGUGUUGUUUGCAAGGAGCUGAACACUUACCAGAGAUACAGACACUUUCUACAGGAGAAAAAAAAAUGGCUUUCUUUCCAUGGACAGAAAUGACGGUGCAUUCCCCUUAAAUGUGGUGCCUUGUUUUUUGCUAAUACUGUCGGGUUCUGCAAAGGACCAGGAAAGGAAUAGCCAGCCCUUGAUCGGUAUGUGGUGUGGAGAGUACCACUGUCUCUACCUGCUGCAGAUCAGAAGCUUAGCAGGCUAGGACUUCUGGCAGAGGCCCAAAUCUGGCUUGGUAGCAAUUGUGUGCAUGGAUUGUAAGAGUGGGAACAAUGACUACUUUGGAAAAGACAGUUUGGUUUAGUCAGUCAGUCAGUCCAAAAAAGCUAGUCACACAAACAAAGGUUCUCAGCUGCUGACAGAGCGGCGGAUGAAGAGAACUGAGGCGGUGGCCCCACCCACCUGCUACUUAUACUCACAAGGGGAGAGUGGGCGGGGCUAACCGCCAGAAAAGUUUUCAAAUUUAUCUAGAAGGUUCCAAAGCUGUCUGCUCAGGUGCAGAACCUACCAUAUGUGCGAUUCACAGUUGACCACGGUGGGAAAACAAUGACUACUUUGGAAAAGAAUGGGAUACGUUGCAUCCAGUGGCGGCCCUAGGUAAUUUUCAAUGGUAAGCAAACAGUAUUUUGGUGCCCCCCCCCCAACCAAUCAUUGAUAUAUAUAUUUUCUGUUCGUCGUGGGAGUUCUGUGUGCCAUAUUUGGUUCAAUUCCAUCAUUGGUGGAGUUCAGAAUGCUCUUUGAUUGUAGGUGAGCUAUACAUCCCAGUGACUACAACUCACAUAUGUCAAGGUCUAUUUUCCCCCAAGAGCACCUCAAGAGCGCCCCUGAGCAAAAUCAACUAUACUGCAAAAGCUUACUUUGCAUAAUGGGUUGAGCCGCCCCUGGUUGCAUCUCUAUUAACAGUCUGUGGUUGCAGUUCCACAUGUCGACAGUAGUGUUGUUUUCUUUUAAAAAACAAGUUGCUUUGUGAUUUUAAGCACCUUAAGGAGUAUAAGUAGAAAACGGAAUGCACUUUAAAGUGGGGCAGAGUUUGGGCCUUCGUGAUCUCCUUUUGUUUUCCAAUCGAAACCUAGAGUCCUGCAGCUGGACUCAGAUAUUAAAUCAUUUCCCAAGAAGCGAGAAGUAGUACUGAAGAACAAUAUCUCUUGGAGCAUUUGCCCAGUCUAGGUUUUGGUACCAAAAAUGGGGUGCGACCAUAAAUCUCUUAUCUCCUCCCUUUUCUACUUUUCAGGAACUGAAUUUAGGAGACAAAUGAGGCUUUUUGUUACUGCAUUGGUGAACCAAUCAGCAGUCAGAAGCUGCUUCUAGGCUACAUGCUUUUUCUUAACAUAGGAAGCUGCCUGUAACUUCUUAAUGGUAAAGAAACUUCAAAUUACAUAGUUUGCUGAUGCAUUCUCAAGACAAUAUAAGGCAGGGGUCCUCAAACUAAGG